AUGGAGGCCGUGAACUCAACUCACAUUAUCACCAGUUUCCAAGUGACUGGUGUCUACCCUGUUAAUCCAUCUGUCAUCCACCCUGAACAACUUGCUCCAAGCAUUGAACAUUCCACCCGGGGAGACCUUCCCCUCCCUGUGACCUCACCUGUUAAGCACAUUAUGCACUUUCAUGGUCAGCUGAUGGCCCGUGUGUACCAGCGCAAUGAUACCCCCUCACCGAUGGAUGACUCACAGGAUGUUCAGAUGUACCUAGGGGGUCAUGAUGGAACAUACAGCGAAGUGGAUAAUAAUGAGUGUGACAGACUGAUCAUUAAUCCCUUAUUGUUUGCUGUGUCUCAGACAACACAUGUCCGCACACCACCGCAACCUUCUGGCUCAGAUGCUGCAACAGUCAACACUUGUUGUCAAACUCCUACCUUCCCUCCUUCCUACUCUCGGGAAAAGAAGCGUGCUGUUGAUGACCUGGAACAUAUCAUGUCAUUCUCCUCAUCCUCAAAUUCUAUCGUAUCUUCCUCACCUCUUUGUCCAACCUUUAAACUACCCGAACGCGCAUAUGGGCACCUCAACAAUUGGGAUCUGAUACAUGAUCACAACUCAGAGCACAAGACUCACCCUGAAUUGAUGAAGGAGAUCGACGAAAUAGCCGUUAAUGUGGUGGAUGCAGCAAAUGCCCAGUUGGCAUUGGGAGGAAUGUAUGUGUCUAAAUCACAGACACAACUUCUAGCAUGGGAGGAAUUGGAAAAGUCAAAAGAGAAAGAGGAAGGUGGACGUAUCAAGGGAACGUUCGGCUGCGUUGUGACACAUGAAGGUUUUUUGAGGGAUCAAGCUGAGCGCACUCAACGGAGGCUGGAUGAGGCCGAGCUGGAGAAGCUGAAGGAGGAGGCCAAGGAGGGAUGGAGAAAGUUCAAUGAGACACAAAAAGCAGAGGUGGCGAAAUGCAAAGCCAUCGGAAAUCCGAAUGAGGGGUUGGAUGGCUCAGAAUUAUCCACAGCUCCAGCAGAACAAGCCCCCUGCAAUGCCGGAGGUGCCAGGUCAAAAGUUAUCACACUUUACAUUUCUGCACCCUCUGCACUGUCCUCUGCACCUUCUGCACCCUAA